AUGAAAGUCGCCUUUAUAGGCGCUGAAGGUGCAACAGAUGACAAGACUUUGCACAAGCAAGCUGUAGCGGAGAAUGCCAGACGGAGCUUUAGCGUCUUGCAUGAAGCUCAAAGACCAAGAGUCUCAACGUACGCCAACAUCGAAGAUUUCAUCCAGAACCACGAUGGCUCCAGAAUUCGGUGGGCGUUCGCAUUGGACUUUGCUGAACAACUACCCUCUGUCGAUCACCCAGAGCUCGUCUACAAGCUCAACAGCAAGCGAUGGCUUGCUGACUGCAGCCUGAAGAGCGCCAAAGAUACGAUUAUAGACUGCCAGAUUUCUUGUCCAGAGCAUACGAGCGAGUCUGGUCUUUGGUACUACAGCGGCAAAGAAUGUCGCUCAUGCGGCUCCGGCAUCGAGACUGAAGUACACCGAGUCUGCAGCAUUCUUCCCGAUCGGCCACCAUAUGUUCUGAAACUUACCCAAAGCCUAUCAUCAGUCGGAACACUUCUUGUCAAGAACGAAGAGGAACGAAAAGAAGUGGUAGAUCAGGUCGAGAGCUAUCUUCGAGAAUACUUACCACACAUUACCAAGGAGAACGCACAUCUCCGCACGACUAGCUUGAUAUUGUCAGACUUCAUUCCAGGAGAGACAAUGGCUCUGAACUUCUUCGUCCGGAAAAAUGGAUCUGUAGUCUUCUUAGGAGCAUGCCAUCAAUUAGCAACUGGUGAAAGCGGACGUCAAGCAACAGCCAUUACGUACGCCGAGCAGGAGAAGCUGCAGAAGAAGUACCAGUGUACCCUCGACAAGAUUGGUCAAGCACUCCAUGAAGAAGGCUACUAUGGCCCAGUCGGCGCUGACAUAAUGGAGAAUCCUGACGAGGGCACGCUUUUCACGAUCGACGCCAACGUACGAUCUCCGCUCUCUUUUGUUCUGUACCUAUUCCGAGGUCAUCUGAAUGAGAAGCGGGGUUUUGCGACGAGUUUGGUAUACGAAUGCAUCAUGCUUACAUUGUCGAGAGACCGUUUUGAGAAGGAGUUCAAUGAAGAACUGCAUGAUGCAAGGAUCAUUCUCCUUGGAAGCACGAGGCUUGGUCUGACGGAGCAAUGGGCUUAUGGAAUGGUUGUCGUCGGCAACAGCCAGAAAGAGAUCGAUGAUCUGAGCAACCGCAUUCUGGCGUUUGAAAUUGAAGGUGGUCAGGGCGGUGACUGA